AUGAAGUAUUCCCGGGGCUCGCAACAUUAUAUAUCCACUCUUGACCAAGGUUUAUGUGAAGCUUAUGUCAAUGUUCAGUUAAUUGCAAUAACCACUGUCCAUGGAUGCGUACCUGUCGAGCAAGCGACCGCGAAUGUCGCGAGACUACAAAGGGCGAAUGGUGUAGAGGAGUUGAUCCCAGUAUACAAGGGAGCAGGGGAAGCGAUCAUACGCAAGCCUUUCUUUCGUCAUCCCUUUUUUGGUGCUGAUGGCAUCGGUGACUCCCCAGCCGCUUUUCCUGAGGUUUUGCAAUCAGAUUUCUCAGCCUAUGAGUCUGAAAGUGCUGCAUUGGCUUUGAUACGUCUUACCAAAGAACACAAGGAUAUCACUAUUGUAGCUUUGGGACCAUUGACUAACAUAGCGCUUGCUUACAAGAUCGAUGCAAGCUUUGCGGAACGGAUUCAUAAGCUUGUAAUCUUAGGUGGAAAUUACUUUGGUGUCGGUAAUGUGGAUGAGCACUCAUCGGCAGAAUUCAACUUUAAUGGUGACCCUGAAGCAGCAAAAAUCGUCCUCGAAGAGAUGGCCACUGACAUUACUUUGGUACCAUGGGAAAAUGUCUAUUUGAAAGGAGCGGAGCAUGAGGCUGAGGUAGACUUCGAUGCCCAUUUGAGGGUGGACACUCCAUUAGCUUCGUUUCUAUCUACAGCUACUCGUAUAGGUCGUGAAGUAAUGAGCAAGUAUGGUCGUCAGUACGGUUACUGUGAUGAAGUGGCAGUCUCAGCAGCGAUUAAUGAAGAACUUGUUGUGAAAAAAGCAAUGGAUCUCCGCGUUAGCGUCGAACUUCAAGGACUGAUGACGAGAGGGCAGGUAGUCGUGGAUUGGACUGGAAUUCUUAUUGGCCUCAAUGGCGCUGUUACCCAAGCCCGAAUUGUGAAGGACAGUGACAAAACUCGACGAAACAUCCACGUUGUGGUCGACAUCGAUGUGAAGGUUGUUGACAAAUGGAUGCAUAACACUGUCCGGAAAGAAAAAGGGCCGUGGUGA